UUUGUCAAUAACUUAACUCAAGAAAGUAGUUGAAAAUUCAAAAGAAAAUACAAAUACCUUUUUUAUUGGUACAUUAAAUAGUAUCCUUGCUUAAAGAGUUUAGAGCUCCACGAUUAAUUUGAAACACAUUUUCCUCAAAAUCCACGAAUUCCAAAAAUUGGCUAGAAAUGAGAAUCCUAUAAAUACCUUCCCGCCACAAUUAACGGUCAAAAAACCAUGUCUUCAACUUCCAACUCCUACUGUUUACUCCUUAAAAAAUGUUGCGAAACCCUAAAUUUAAAACUUGCAAAGAAGCUUCAUUGCUUCAUCAUCAAAACCCAGAAACACCCACAUACUUUUCUAUCAAACACCCUUAUCAGCACAUACACUCAUUUCGGAAAUUUUGUUUAUGCACGCCAGGUGUUCGAUCAAAUGCCUCAACCAAAUCCUUUUUCCUGGAACAUUUUACUCUCAGCUUACUCUAAGGCUGGCCUUCUUGUUGAAAUGCUAGAGUUCUUUGAUUCUAUUCCUAGCAAAGAUGGUAUUGCAUGGAAUGCGUUUAUUUCAGGUUAUGCAAAUUGUGGGAAAUACAGUAAUGCUGUGAGUGCUUAUAAGAAUAUGUUAGAUGAAGGAACUAUGAACCUAAAUAGGAUAACAUUUUCGACAAUGCUUAUAUUGGCAUCGAAUAUGGGUUGUGUUGAUUUGGGUAGGCAACUUCAUGGACAAAUUAUAAAGUGUGGAUUUCUUUCCUAUGUGUUUGUGGCUAAUCCAUUGGUUGAUAUGUAUUCUAAGUUGGGAUUUGUACAUGAUGCACAUCGGGUUUUUGAGGAAGCGACAGAAAGGAACUUGGUGAUGUACAAUACAAUGAUAGGAGGGUUUUCGCGUCUUGGGAUGUUUGAGGAAUCGUGGUGUUUGCUUCAUAGUAUGCCAGAUAAAGAUUCAAUUACAUGGACAACUAUGAUUACAGGAUUAACUCAAAAUGGGUUUGACAGGGAAGCUGUAAUUCUGAUGAGAAAGAUGAGAAAGGAAGGUUUCUCCAUGGACCAAUUCACUUUUGGAAGUGUCUUAGCUGCUUGUGGGAGAAUGGGACUCUUGAAAGAAGGGAAAGAACUUCAUGCUUAUAUAAUUAGAACAGGAUUUUUAGAGAGCGUUUUUGUUGGUAGUGCUCUCAUUGACAUGUAUUGCAAGAGUAAGUGCAUAAACUAUGCAAGGACAGUAUUCAGCAGAAUGACCCACAAAAAUACAGUCUCAUGGACCGCGAUGUUAGUGGGUUACAGUCAGUGUGGACUAUCUGAGGAAGCUAUUAAAACUUUCCUCGAAAUGAAAAAGAACACUAUUGAACCAGAUGAAAUUACAUUAGGAAGUGUUGUUAGCUCGUGUGCUGAUUUAGCCUGUUUGGAAGGGGGUUCCCAAUUUCAUAAUCAAGCUUUAUUGUCUGGUUUACUAUCCUCUGUUGCUGUUUCAAAUGCGCUCAUUACUUUGUACGGAAGAUGUGGAAUUAUUGAAGAUUCCUUGAAAUUGUUCACAGAGAUGAAUGUCAGGGAUGAAAUCACUUGGACUGCGUUAAUUUCUGGGUACGCCCAAUUUGGGAAGGCGCGUGAAGCAAUGCAUUUAUUUGAGGAAAUGCUUUCUCAUGGACUUAAACCUGAUGAAGCUACUUUUGUUGGUGUUCUCUCAGCAUGUAGCAGAGCGGGUUUAGUAGAGAAAGGAAAGCGGUAUUUUGAUUUGAUGGUGAAAAAACACGGUGUAGUUGCAACUCCUGAUCACUAUACUUGCAUGAUAGAUCUUUUCAGCCGUGCAGGAAAGUUAGAAGAAGCCAAGAGUUUUAUAUCUGAAAUGCCUUACAUACCCGAUGCAAUUGCUUGGGGUGCAAUCCUGAGUUCAUGUAGAGUUUAUGGUAACAUGGAAAUUGCAAAAUGGGCUGCUGAUUCUUUACUCGAACUAGAUCCUCAACACCCUGCAGGUUAUGUCUUACUUUCCAGUCUCUAUGCUGCCGAAGGAAAUUGGGAACGUGUUUCUCAGUUGAGGAAAGGAAUGAGAGAUAAAGGAAUAAGGAAGGAGCCUGGUUAUAGUUGGAUUAAGUUUAAGAAUAAAGUACAUGUUUUCUCUGCUGAUGAUCAGUCCAGCCCUUAUUUGGACAAGAUAUAUGUUGAACUGGAAAAUUUGAACCUAAAAAUGAUUGAGGCAGGUUAUAAACCUGAUCUGAAAUCUGUUUUUCAUGAUGUUGAGGAUUCUGAAAAGAUACGAAUACUGAAGCAUCAUAGUGAGAGACUCGCAAUUGUUUUUGGGUUGAUGUUUGUACCGCCUGGCCUACCUAUACGUGUGGUUAAGAAUCUUAGGGUUUGUGGUGAUUGCCACGCUGCAACAAAAUUCAUAUCUAAAAUUACACAGAGAGACAUACUUGUGAGAGAUUCUGUUCGGUUUCAUUUGUUCAAAAAUGGAACUUGUUCGUGUGGAGAUUUUUGGUGAUUUGUCUUUUGGUGAACAAUCUUGACUUCCUGAAGCUCUUUCUCAGUUUUGUGGUUUGUUCAAACUGCUUAUGUAUAAAACUGUAUUAGAGAUUGCUUGACUUCCUGAAGCUCUUUCUCUCUAGGAAAUGAUGGUUGAAUACAGAGUCUGAAUUAUAUUCUCA